AUGUAUCAUAAGCUAUAUGACUACGCAUCAGUCCAGUCCAACACCGACCUCGACUUCUACUUCAACGACGAGAAGGAAACGACGGACCUCCGCUUGGACGACACGCUGGACGUCUGGAACCACCACUGCCUCGUCUUCUCGCAUCCCGGGUUCAGAAUAUACGUGAACGGGCGGCUGAGCGAACGGGGCCGGCUGAGCUCGCCCGCCCUGGACCUCCCCCUCAACGGGACGCUGUACCUCGGCCAGGAGCAGGACCGCCUGGACGGCGGCCUCGACCCUCACCAGUCCUUCAGCGGCCUCCUGGCGCAGGUGAACCUCUGGGACUACGCUCUUCAAGACGACGUCAUCCACAGCAUCGCCAACUGCACGUCCAACGACCAGGGCAACGUUCUGGCCUUCGACACGGCGCCCGUGGAGCUGUCGGAGGCGCUGACUGAGGUCCUGGGCGUCGAGGCCCUGUGCGCGCGGCCCCCGAGGUUCGUCAUCGUCCCCGAGAGGAAGAGCCCGAGCGAGGCCGCGGCGUUCUGCGAGCUGGCGGACUCGAGGUUCUACAUCCCGACGGAGGGCGAGGCCAACGAGCGGCUCUUCAACGACAGCCGCCAGUUCGUGGGCGCGUGCGGAGGGAAGAGCUACAAGCUGCUGUUCCUCGGGGCGACGGACCGGGAGGAGGAAGGGCACUGGGUUCGGACGCACGACGGAAGGCCUUUAUCGUACACGGCCUGGGGCAGCGGCGAGCCCAACGGCGGGAGGAAACGCAACUGCCUCGUGCAGACUAAGCACAGCGACCGCUGGGGCGACGUGGAGUGCGACCAAGAGCUGUGCUUUGUCUGCGGCAGGACCAACGUGGACUUCCUUCAGCUGCGAGGACUGUGCCACGACGACGAGCACCAGACGCGGUUUCUGUUCGACGGCUACCUGCGCGGGAAGCCCUUCUUCCGAGGUUACUACACCAUGCUCAUCUUCCACUCCGGGGACAAGGAGUGGCUCCUGCAGGACACGACGGACAACGUCACCGUGGCCGUCCUCUCGCUCGCGCAGGAGACCGGCUUCCCCAUCGGACGGCAGACGUGGCGCAUGAGCAGCAGCCUCUGUGGCUUCCCCGCCGGCGCCGCCGUGGUGCUCGGCCUCUCGACUUGCACGACCCAGGAGUUCAUGUGCACGGACGGGUCGUGCGUCCACCGGGGCAGACGGUGCAACCUCCGGGACGACUGCGCGGACGGCAGCGACGAGCAGAACUGCACCAUCGUCCACUUCAGCGACAGCUACCACAACCACCGCCCUCCGCCGGGCCCGAGCGUGGGCGCGCCCCUCGAGAUCGACGCGGGCGUAGAGCUCAUCAGGUUCUCCAAGAUCGAUGACAUCAACCUCGCCUUUAACAUGGAGAUCGAGGUGGCGCUCGCCUGGACCGACAGCAACCUCAGGUACAAGAACCUCAAGGAGCAGGAAGGCUGGAACAAGCUGAGCAGCCUCGAGGUGGAGAAGAUCUGGUCCCCCGAUGUGGAGUUCCUCAACGUGAACAAUGGGGAACUCAGGAGGCUAAAGAGCGGGGUCUUCGUGCAGCGGCUGGGCGAGGCUGACCCGCCCGUCUUCACGGACGUCAAAAUGGACACAAUGUACCAGGCACAAGCAGGCCGACUGGUGCAAAGGGAACAGUACUAUGGGAGCUUCAAUUGCCAUUUCGGUCUCUUCCACUACCCGUUCGAUACCCAGAGUUGCAGCAUCCUCGUCAAACUUGCUUCUGCCGAUACCCAGGUCAUCGUGUUGAGAAACGGAUCGGUGUUCUACAACGGGCGCAGCGAACUCCCCAAAUACAGCAUUCGGAAUAUCGCUGCCCAUCUCACCGCCCGCUCUGACUACGCCGUCCUGCAGGUAACAUUCGACCUGGAGCGUCGAUGGAGCUUGUUGGUUCUCACUAUCUUCAUGCCAACGUUCCUCCUUCUCGGAAUCGGUUAUGGCACACUCUACAUCCAGCUCAAGGCCUUCCAGGUCAGGGCCAUCAUGACGCUGACGACCCUGCUGGUCCUGUACACCCUGUUCAACCAGGUGUCCAGCGCCCUCCCCGACACCGCCUACAUCAAGAUGAUCGACAUGUGGUUCUUCUUCUGCAUCUUCCUCAUCUUCAGCGUCAUCAUCGUGCACAUAGCAGUCGAGCGCCUCGAGCCCGGGGAGGCCAAGCCGCCGAAGACGGUGCGGGUGUCGCCGGCGGAGCAGAUGCGGCCGGAGGGAAGGUGGCUGCUCAGAGUCAAAAGCAUCACUGCCACGCAGGUCCUCGAGGUCAGCAGAAAGAUGGUGUUUCCUCUCAUCGUGUCUGUGUUCGCCCUCGUGUACUGGCUGGCUAUUUUUGUCCACUAGGAAUAAGUCUUCUUAAACAAACAGCCCAAAACUUUGAAGGUGAAGACUAAAGGUUCGCAGGUCACCCUCGACGGUAAUGGUUGCGAGGCCACUCAGUGAGCUUAGUAAAGAAGCGCUGCCCGUCCCCUCUCUCCUUUUGGACCAGGCAAACCCCGGCUUCUGUUCGCCCUGGCCAAGGAAGAGGAUUUCACCUCCUUCCUGUUCUUAGCCAACCAGGAGCUAGGAACAAACCCCGCCUAUCUGGGAUGACCCUGCACCCUCCUGACCUCUAAGUGACCUCGCUGUUAACUUCAGAGACGUCCUAUUAUAGGCACUAUGUAUAUACCAUAUAAAUAUAAUAUAGAUAUAGAUUCUUUGUAAUAUUUUCAAACAGGGCAGUCGAGCCUUCUGGUCUUCAACCUAGACGUCUGUAUUGAGUGACGCCACAUCUCGCAUCGUAAUUUUAACGUGUUCUACUUAGUGUUUCAGCAUUGUGUGGACUGCUGAUUUUUGUCUCUACAUAUC